AUGGAGGCUGUUCUGAGCCAGAGGAAGUGGCAGUUUCCAUGGCGGCUAAGCAGUGUCUUCCCAGCACGAGGAAACUGUGAAGCCUUGGUGGUUAUCGCACCGGAAUGGCUUCCCUCACCACUUCCAUUUCUGCCUGCUGUCAGCUUAGUCAGGCGCCAGCUCGGCUCACACACGCUGCUCGACAGCACCAGUGGACUGGAUUUAGUAACAACACCUCUCUCUCUCUCUCUCUCUCUCUCUCUCUCUCUCUCUCUCUCUCUCUCUCUCUCUUUCUGUCUGUCUGUCUUUCUCCAUCAGAUCCGGGUGGAUGGACCGUUCCAUGGAGCUUUUCAGUAUGAAACAGUGCAGGUGGUGGAAAGCGGGCCGAUCCUGCGCGACAUGGCCUUCUCGGCUGAUCAGCACUUCCUGUAUGUGAUGUCAGAGACCCAGCUCACUCGUGUUCCAGUAGAGGCUUGUGAGCAGUAUUCAUCCUGCAAAGAGUGUCUGGGCUCCGGAGAUCCUCACUGCGGCUGGUGUGUGCUGCACAGCAUGUGCACCAGAAAGGAGAAGUGUGAGAGGUCAUCUGAGCCACGCCGCUUCACCUCGGACAUCAAGCAGUGCGUCAGGCUGAACGUCCACCCCAGCAACAUCUCAGUGUCCCAGUACAGUGUCACGCUCAUCCUGGAGGCCCAUAAUGUUCCUGAGCUCUCCGCUGGCGUAAACUGCACCUUUGAAGACCUGGCUGAGAUGGACGGAUUUGUGGAAGGCAAUCGCAUCACUUGCAGCUCUCCUGCUGAGAAAGAGGUUCCACGCAUCGUUGUAGACCAAGGUGACCAUCAGAUUGUGCAACUCUACCUCAAAUCUAAAGAAACAGGACUAGCUUUUGCCAACACAAGCUUUGUCUUCUACAAUUGCAGUGUCCAUAAAUCGUGUCUUUCUUGUGUUGGAAGCCCAUACCAAUGUCACUGGUGCAAGUACCGUCACAUCUGCACGCAUGACCCACGCAGCUGCUCUUUCCAAGAAGGACGUGUCAAGCAGCCAGAGGAAUGUCCCCAGCUGCUUCCUGCUGAUAGGAUCCUGGUGCCAGUGAAUGUAGUGAAGCCCAUCACGCUACGUGCCAAGAACUUACCCCAGCCUCAGUCAGGCCAGCGUGGAUACGAGUGUGUGCUCAUCAUCCAGGGGGUGGAGCAAAGAGUCCCCGCCCUCCGCUUCAACAGCUCCAGCGUGCAGUGCCAGAACACCUCGUACGCAUAUGAGGGGAUGGAGAUGAGCAGCCUCGCUGUAGAGCUGACGGUCAUCUGGAAUGGAGACUUUAGCAUCGAUAACCCGGCCCAAAACAAAGUACACCUGUAUAAAUGCGACGCAAGGCGUGAGAGCUGUGGCCUGUGCCUGAAGGCUGAUCCGCUGUUUGGCUGUGUGUGGUGUAAAGUGGAGAAGCGCUGCACACUCAAACAGCACUGCCCUCAUCCACAGAGCAUGUGGCUCGAACACAACGGCAUCAACAGCAAAUGCACACACCCAAAGAUCACCAUGAUUACCCCGAUGCGAGGGCCUCGGGAAGGGGGUACACUGGUGACGAUCCACGGAGAGAACCUUGGCCUGGAUUUUCACGAGAUCCAGGACAACGUUAAGGUUGCCGACGUGGAGUGCACACCCGUACCGGAGGGAUACAUCCCGGCUGAGCAGAUAGUGUGCGAGAUGGGAAAAGCUGAGUCGAGUCAGUAUGCCGGAAACGUCCAAGUCUGCGUGGGGGAGUGUCAGCCCGAGUUCAUGGCCAAGUCCUCCAAGUACUACUACUUUGUGGUCCCCAAACUCCAGGAUCUGACGCCCAGCCGUGGCCCCGUAUCCGGAGGCACCAUCGUCAACAUCACAGGAAGCAACCUGGACUCCGGAAGCAACGUGUCCAUCAUGUUCAAGGACCAGAAGUGCACUUUCCACAGACGAGGGGGUCUUUGGCUCACGUGUCGCUCUCAUACAUCGACUCAAGGCACCGGGUUAGUAACCGUAUCCGUUUAUGUAGACAAGGCCCACCUCCAGAAGGACCUCCAAUUCGAGUAUGUAGAAGAUCCGACUAUCACCAAGCUGGAACCUGAAUGGAGCAUAUUCAGUGGAAACACACCAGUGACAGUGACCGGAACCAACUUGGACAUCAUCCAAAACCCACAAAUAAGAGCCAAGUACAACAACCAGGAGACGACCAACGGUUGCCAAGUGCUCAGUUCCACCACGAUGCUGUGCCAAGCCCCGGCGCUGCCGGGUGGCCUGAGCAGGCAGAAGGAAGAGGUGGAGAAACCUGACGAGUUUGGCUUCGUCCUCGACAACGUGCAGGCCGUAUUGGCUUUGAAGAACAUCAACUUCCUGUAUUACCCCAACCCUGUGUUCGAGCCUCUCAGCACAUCUGGGGUGCAGGAGCUCAAGCCCGGAUCUCCAAUUAUUCUGAAGGGCCGGAACUUCCUCCCCCUUACCCCCGGUGGCAACGGUAAACUGAACUACACAGUUCUGAUUGGAGAAAAGCCCUGCGCGUUAACCGUAUCUGACACCCAGCUGCUGUGCGAAUCGCCCAAUCUAACCGGACGCCACAAAGUUCUGGCACGUGUAGGCGGCAUCGAGUUUUCCCCUGGCGUGGUCCACAUCACCUCCGAUAGCCCCCUCAGCAGCACCGCCAUCAUCAGCAUCGCCGGAGCAGGAUGCCUUCUUAUCCUCUUCAUCAUCGUCGUGCUCAUCGCAUACAAGCGCAAAUCCCGUGAAAGCGACCUGACCCUGAAACGCCUGCAGAUGCAGAUGGACAACUUGGAAUCCAGAGUUGCGCUGGAGUGUAAAGAAGCAUUUGCAGAACUGCAGACGGAUAUAAAUGAGUUGACCAGUGACCUGGAUGGAGCAGGGAUCCCGUUUCUGGACUACAGAACCUACACCAUGCGUGUGCUCUUCCCUGGCAUCGAGGAUCAUCCUGUCCUUAAAGACCUGGAGGUCCCGGGCUACAGGCAGGAGCAGGUGGAAAAGGGUCUGAAGCUUUUUGGUCAGCUGAUCAACAACAAGGUGUUUCUGCUGAGCUUCAUCCGAACUCUGGAGUCUCAGAGAGGUUUCUCCAUGAGAGACCGCGGCAACGUGGCGUCACUCAUCAUGACCGUGCUGCAGAGCAAGCUGGAGUACGCCACCGACGUCCUCAAACACCUGCUGUCCGACCUCAUCGACAAGAACCUGGAGAGCAAGAACCACCCCAAACUUCUGCUGCGCAGGACGGAGUCUGUUGCGGAGAAAAUGCUGACGAACUGGUUCACGUUUCUUCUCUACAAAUUCCUAAAGGAGUGUGCCGGCGAGCCCCUGUUUUCCCUCUUCUGUGCCAUCAAGCAGCAGAUGGAGAAAGGUCCUAUCGACUCCAUCACAGGGGAGGCGCGCUACUCUCUCAGUGAGGACAAGCUCAUCAGGCAGCAGAUCGACUACAAGACACUGGUGGUGAACUGCAUUCACCCGGACAACGAGAAGAGCCCAGAGAUUCAAGUGAAAGUUCUGAACUGUGACACGAUCAGCCAAGUAAAGGAGAAGAUCCUGGAUGCCAUCUACAAGAACGUUCCUUAUUCCCACCGCCAGAAAGCCUCAGACAUGGACCUAGAGUGGCGUCAGGGCAGAGGAGUCCGGAUCAUCCUUCAGGACGAGGACAUGACCACAAAGAUCGAGAGUGACUGGAAGAGGCUCAACAUGCUGUCUCAUUACCAGGUGUCGGAUAACGCACUGGUGGCCAUCGUACCAAAGCAGGUCACAGCCUACAACUCCGUCAACAACUCCACCGUCUCCAGGACAUCCGCUAGCAAAUACGAAAACAUGAUUAAAUACACAGGCAGCCCAGACAGCCUGCGCUCCCGUACACCCAUGAUCACUCCUGACCUAGAGAGCGGAGUGAAAGUCUGGCACCUGGUGAAGAACCACGAGCACGGAGACCAGAAGGAGGGCGACCGUGGCAGCAAGAUGGUCUCUGAGAUUUACCUGACCAGGCUUCUGGCUACCAAGGGCACGCUGCAGAAGUUUGUAGACGACCUCUUUGAGACCAUCUUCAGCACGGCACACAGAGGAAGCGCGCUCCCCCUCGCCAUUAAGUACAUGUUUGACUUCCUGGACGAGCAAGCUGACAAGCACAGCAUCCACGACCCUCACGUACGGCACACAUGGAAAAGCAACUGCCUACCUCUGAGGUUUUGGGUGAACGUGAUUAAAAAUCCCCAGUUUGUGUUUGACAUCCACAAGAGCAGCAUCACGGACGCCUGCUUGUCUGUCGUGGCUCAGACCUUCAUGGACUCCUGCUCCACAUCUGAGCACCGCCUGGGUAAAGACUCGCCCUCCAACAAGCUGCUGUACGCCAAGGACAUCCCCAGCUACAAGAGCUGGGUGGAGAGAUACUACUCAGACAUCAAUAAGAUGCCCGCCAUCAGCGACCAGGAUAUGAACGCUUACCUGGCCGAGCAGUCGCGUAUGCACAUGAACGAGUUUAACACCAUGAGCUCCCUCAGCGAGAUCUAUUCCUACGUGGGAAAGUAUGCAGAGGAGAUUGUGUGCGCUCUGGAGGAGGACGACAGCGCCAGGAAACAGAGACUGUCCUUCAAGCUGGAACAGGUGGUCGCCUUCAUGAGCCUGGAGAGCUGAGGUCCACGUUUCCCAGAGCGCACUGGGACCGCCGUCAGAAAACUAGAGGAAAAAAAAAAAACCGAGCCGUGCCUGAGCACCUGUACAUCUUCUGUUUUCUCGCAAACUUCCUAUCUACCAAGCAACCAAGAAUCCGCAUCAUGUUAAAGCUCUGCUUCCUAGAUGACUAGAAAUGGGCCAAGGAGCUGGAGACCUUGUGUUACGUUACCAGCCAUGCAACAGGG